CGUCGGGGCAAGAUGGCUGCUCCCUGCGCCGUUUCUACCUGAGUGUUCUGCGCCUCGCCGGUGGGGGCUCUACGUCAAACAGACCGUCUCCCAGCAUGUUCUCGCUCCGAGGCGGGGGCCGCUGGCUGGCAGCUUCCCUUACCAAACAGCACCUUCCUUUGGCCCGGUUCAGUGGCGACAGCGCGGCGCCUCGGACUCCCCACUUCGACGUGGUGAUCAUUGGGGGAGGACAUGCUGCGCGUGCUGCCGCUCGGUGCGGUUCCCGGACUCUGCUUCUCACGCACCGUGUGGACACGAUCGGUCAGAUGUCCUGUAAUCCUUCCUUUGGUGGCAUUGGAAAGGGGCAUUUAAUGAGAGAAGUUGAUGCCUUGGAUGGGCUGUGUUCUCGCAUCUGUGACCAGUCUGGUGUCCAUUACAAAGUGUUAAAUCGGCGCAAGGGACCAGCCGUGUGGGGCCUGAGAGCUCAGAUUGACAGGAAACUCUAUAAAGAGAACAUGCAGAAAGAAAUCCUGAACACACCACUGCUUACUGUUCAGGAGGGAGCGGUGGAAGAUCUUAUUCUUACAGAACCCGAGCCUGAACAUGCUGGGAAAUGUCGUGUCAGUGGUGUUGUCUUGGUGGAUGGAAGCACGGUGUAUGCAGAGAGUGUGAUUCUCACUACCGGGACGUUCCUGAGAGGCAUGGUUGUGAUUGGAUUGGAGAUGCAUCCGGCAGGACGUUUAGGGGAUCAGCCUUCUAUGGGGCUGGCUCAGACUCUGGAGAAAUUGGGGUUUGUGGUAGGAAGGUUGAAGACUGGGACUCCACCCCGCAUUGCCAAAGAGUCCAUUAAUUUCAGCAUUCUAAACAAGCAAAUGCCAGAUAAUCCAUCUGUACCGUUCAGUUUUAUAAAUGAGACAGUAUGGAUUAAGCCAGAAGAUCAGCUGCCAUGCUACUUGACUCACACCAACCCUCAAGUGGAUGAGAUUAUCCUUGGGAAUCUUCACCUUAAUAGUCAUGUUAAGGAAACCACAAGAGGACCCCGAUACUGUCCCUCCAUCGAAUCAAAAGUUUUGCGUUUUCCAAACCGUGUACAUCAGGUUUGGUUGGAACCUGAAGGAAUGGAUUCUAACCUUAUCUACCCGCAAGGGUUAUCUGUGACACUGCCAGCUGAGUUACAAGAGAAAAUGAUCACAUGCAUCAAAGGCUUGGAGAAAGCGAAAAUGAUUCAGCCAGGCUAUGGUGUUCAGUAUGACUACUUAGAUCCCCGUCAGAUCACUCCUUCCCUGGAGACUCACUUGGUUCAACGCCUCUUCUUUGCUGGACAGAUAAAUGGCACCACUGGUUAUGAGGAAGCUGCAGCUCAAGGUGUGGUAGCUGGAAUCAAUGCCAGUCUUCGGGUCCAUGGGAAGCCUGCCUUUGUCGUUAGCCGAACCGAAGGCUACAUAGGAGUCUUGAUUGAUGACCUCACCACGCAGGGCACCAAUGAACCAUACCGCAUGUUCACCAGCCGAGUGGAGUUCCGUCUGUCACUGCGCCCUGAUAAUGCCGACAGCCGGCUCACGUUCCGAGGAUAUAAGGAAGCCGGCUGCGUGUCCCAAUACCGAUAUGAAAGAGCUUCAUGGAUGAAGUCUUCUUUAGAAGAAGGCAUUUCUGUAUUGAAAUCCAUUGAAUUUUCAAGCUCUACAUGGAAGAAGUUAAUCCCAGAGGUUUCAAUAAGUGUUGGUAGAAGUCAGCCCAUCAGUGCUUUAGAGGUUCUGAAGUAUGAGGAAGUUGACAUGGAGUUAUUAGCCAAGGCCGUUCCAGAGCUCCUUGAGAAGUAUGCUGAAUGUAAUGAGUUGGCCAAAAGACUGAAAAUAGAAGCCAACUAUGAAUCAGUAUUGUCGCAUCAGUUACAAGAAAUAAAGGAAGUUCAGCGAGACGAAGCUCUCCAACUGCCAAAAGACUUAGAUUAUUUGACUAUCAGGGAUGUAUCUUUGUCACAAGAAGUUCGAGAGAAACUACAUUUUACUCGUCCACAGACGAUCGGGGCUGCUAGUCGUAUUCCGGGAGUGACACCUGCUGCCAUCGUCAAUCUCCUCAAGUUUGUGAAGACCACUCAGCGAAGACAGGCAGCUAUGAGUAGAUUGCCCAAAACUAAUCAAUACUUAUGUGAGACUGACAGACUUCAAGGAGAGUUAUAGCUGUUAAUUCAUUGACAACUUUUACUGUAUGAGUAAUCAAUGUAAGAAUAUAAAUAAGAGAUUAAAACUGUUUAGCACCUGUU